AUGAAUGCUCCAAAAUGCAAAGAGAAGAACCAUUUCGAAAGAGAGAUAACUUUAUUUUGUCUCCAUCCUCGAUGCUAAUAAAAGUGGGGAUGUCAAAAGUGUUUAAGUUCUCAUCAUAAAUCUCACACUGAAUGUUGCAUCAGUGUUAGCGAAUUAGAAGACACUGUUGUAUCAGCUAAAAAGAAAAUAAGAGACAUUGUGGAAAUGAAGUUUUCAGAUGCAAUUAUUUAAUUAGACGAGGCAUCAAAGUUGCUGGUUAAGAAAAUAAGAGAUGUUAUCAACUCUGUACAACGAGCUUCAGAUGUAAUCCAGGAUUAAAUAUUCAAAGAAUUGGAGUUGUUUGAUUAUCUAAUUGAUGGAUUCUAGAGCUAAUCAUUCACAACUUCAUUGUCAAAUGAACAUUUGGAUAGAGUGAUAUAACUUAUGAUGCCUGAAAAGUUACAAUAGAUGGCAGAUCACAAGCAAAGCCAAAUCAAUCAAUUGCUUUAGUAUUCCAAAUCAGUGCUUGAACAAGCAUCAAAAUUUACUAUUUAUCCUCUUGAUGAAAUAGCCUUGGGAAUUAAAUUAAAAGAAUUUCAAGAAGGAGAGUAUACAUUGGCUGUAAAAGAAUACAAUUAAAAUAAUAUUGGUAUCUGCUACUUGUUAACGAAUGGACGCUUAAAUAAGAUAGGCCAAUAUGAUAAUGGACUUAGAUCUGGCAUGUGGUCGGAAGUUCUCUACUAUAAUCAUAACAGGGAUUUUAGUAUAACAUUUCGAGGAUAGUAUCAUUAAGGUCUAAGAGUCAACAAUUGGUUUUAUUACAAUUAGGAUUAAUCAGUCAUCGGAGGAGGUCAAUUUGAAGGAGGAUAGAAGAUUGGAUUGUGGGUCGAGCCUGAAGUAUUUAUAGGCAAGUGGGGAAGGAUUAUUGUUAUUCAUAAAGGAGAGUAUGUGAAUGGAGUAAGACAUGGUGAAUGGGCUACGAUCUUUGGAAAUAGAGGAUAGGUAGGAGGCGGAGCAUAUUUGCAAGGUUUAAAACAUGGUCUUUGGACAGAUGUUGAAGGCUAUGCUGGAUUCUGGUGUUCGAUGGGAAUUUUAAGCCAGGGUGAAUAUGUUAAUGGAGUAAAAGUCGGACUGUGGUUGAUAUCGGAAUUAAAUUCUGGAUAAAUGAAGUGGUGGAGGUAAUUACUCAUAGAUUGGUUUAAAAGAAGGAUUGUGGACGGAAGUUGA